AUGGUGAACUUUCAUGGAGACCUUGAUCCCUUGAGUCCGGGGAGCGAGACGGAGACUAUUCUUGAAGAAGAAGAAGAAGAAAUGGAGGAGAUAAUAAGCUACCGUGAUCUCAAGAAGCGGAUGCGGAAGGACCAGAUUCACAUGCAGAAGCUCAAGGUUGAACGAACGGCGGCGGCGGCGGCCGGAAAAGAAGAGAUUUUGAGAGACGACGAGGACGAAUCGGCGACGGAGAAACAGCUGGAAGCGUCCCGGCGGAAGAAGACGGCGAGGUCUCAAGACGCGGUUCUCAAGUACAUGGUGAAGAUCAUGGAGGUGUGCAAAGGGCAAGGGUUCGUGUACGGGAUCGUCCCGGAAAACGGGAACCCGGUGAUAGGGUCAUCCGACAGUCUGCGAGAAUGGUGGAAAGACAAAGUAAAGUUCGUCAAGAACGCCCCGGAGGCCAUAGCCGAAUACCUCCCCAAACUAGUAACCCUAGUAGAAGACCCAAAUUCCAGCGUGAUCUACCUUCUCCAAGAUCUCCAGGACACCACUCUGGGCUCCCUCAUGUCCGCCCUAAUGCCGCACUGUCUCCCUCCCCAGCGGAAGUUCCCGCUAGAGAAGGGGCUCGCCCCGCCGUGGUGGCCCACCGGGCGAGAGCUCUGGUGGGGCGAUCAAGGCCUGGCUCAACAACACGGCCCCCCACCCUACAAAAAGCCUCACGGCCUCAAGAAAGCCUGGAAAAUCAGCGUUUUAGCCGCAAUCGUCAAACACAUGUCCCCAGAUUUAGACCGGAUGAGACGCCUCGUCAAACAAUCUAAAUCCCUUCAAAACAAAAUGUCCGCUAAGGAUACUACCACCUGGUCCAAAAUCGUUAACCGAGAAGAAGACCUCAUCAAACUCGCCCAAAAAGCCCUCAAGAUUAUCGACCAAGGAGACCAAGAACAAGAAAAAGAAAAAGAAGCCUCUUUUCUCACGCACGACAAGAGAAAGUGCGCAUUCGAGCGUCAAAUCGCGACAGAGAUCGUCCUAUACGCGUGUCAGAAUUUACAGUGCCCGCAGAGCGGCUUAGGAUUGGGAUUCCCCGACAAGACUUCGCGAACUGAGCAUGAACAAAUCUGUCCCCAUCGCGACCAGAAUCUUGAUUUCGGCGAAAACUAUGUUCCUAGCUUGAUCACAGAAGGAGAUAUAGAUAUAGAUACAGGGCAAUUACCAGAUUGGAUCAACGAGGAUAUUCAGAGAAUCUUCCACGAAUACAACGCGCAGUUCGUCAAUGGCGGCGCUGGGAACUAUGGGAAUCUCUUGAGCGACAAUCUGACAGAACAACAGUAUAGAUAUGAUCCGACCAUGGCAGGUGAAGAAGCUUCCACUUCUGGUUCAACUUCUGUGUGGGAUUUAGCAUACGAUGAUAUCGAUCCAGACUGA